UGAAUGCUGCCACAGCGAGCGAAAACUCACUGAAUGAGCAGGAGGGUUUUUACACUCCCGACUCUUUGAAAUAAUACAGUUAAAUGAUGAGAGAUCAGAGCAAGUCCCAAAGGUGAACUAUGGCACUGUGUGGUGGUCAAGAUCCAGCGGAGAUCGGAGACUCCGCUCUGGAGGACUGGAAUGAGAUUGACUCUGGGGGUUUUGGAAUAGUCUACAAAGCCAGACAUCGUCAUUGGUGGUGUGAUGUAGCCAUUAAACUCCUUCAUUACAACAAUGGAACCAGCCGCUCUUUGCUGCGGGAAGUCAACAUGAUGCGUCGAGGAAGCAGUCCUUAUGUUAUUCACGUCUACGGGUUGUAUAAGGGUCAGCCGCCUUCUUCGGGAAGCUCAGUCCAGCUCGGGUUGGUCAUGGAAUUCAUGGAGAGAGGCUCACUGGCUUCAUUGCAGAGACAAAUACCAGGAAUAAUGCCCUGGCCACUGGCCUUCAGGCUGACUCAUCAGGUGGCUCAGGGUAUAAACUACCUCCACAGUCUUUCCCCAGCUCUGCUGCAUUUGGACCUGAAGCCCAGCAACGUGCUACUGGACUCCGCUCUAAACGCCAAGCUUACAGAUUUUGGCCUCUCGAAGUUGUACCACAGCAUCACAGGGACAUCCAGAAAGGACAAUGAAGAAGAGGGGGGAACCCUUAAGUAUAUGCCACCAGAGGCAUUUCAAGUCUCUUAUAGUCCUGCACAGGCCUCCGACAUUUACAGCUAUGGUGUCCUGGUGUGGUCCAUUCUAACAGGGAAACAACCCUAUGCCAAUGCAAAGUCCAGCAUCGUGCGGUUUCGCAUCCCACGGGGCGACCGGCCGUCGCUGGAUGAGAUCAGGGGUCAGGCCACAGGGUUGACAAAUCUGGUUAACCUCAUACAAAAAUGCUGGGAAGCAAGACCCAGCAAAAGGCCGACGUCACUCGAGUGCACCACUGUGACAGGCGAACUGUUUAAGAUGCACAAACGUGGAAUCCACGACGCUGUCCACCAAGUGCUUAAAAACCUGGACCAAAAACAAGAAGAAGAAGUACAAGAACCUUUGGAGCAGUUCCAAAGGUUUCAAACUACUCAACCCCAAGAAACAGCCACAGCCAAAGCCAUAAACCCCUGUGAUGAUGUGCCCACAGGACGCCCGCCCGUUCAGGAAAUGGCUGGUUGUCUGAAUCCCAGUCAAAGAACCAGAGAAAGAGUCAAAGAUUCAUCUCUUGGGCGACCUGUGGCAGACCAGAAAGUGAAAAAAUCUUCUGUUCAUCCCAUACAGUCAUCGUGUCAAGUCAGGGCAGAAAAAAACUCCCAGCUGGCAUUUAAAGAACCUCUUUCUCCAAUGUACCAGCGUCAGUUCUCCAGCCCCGACCUUUCCACCUCCUACCUUCCCCGGCGGGUCACCAUGCACUUCUCCAACGUCACAGGAUUCCAGUAUGGCGACAACAACACCAUGUACAUCAGCAACUCCACCUCCAUGGAGAGGAAACGGCACCCAACGGCGCCUUCCACAGUACCACUGACGUCCCACAUCUCCCAGUAGACCAGACAGGGGGUCCCACUCCCUCUGUGCUUCCCAUGCUUGUUUUUAAAAAGUUAUUCUUCCACAACACAAAGCUUAUUGUCUAUUUUUUUUGUAGAUAUGUUUAUUAAUCCGAUAGUUGCUCAGUGUGCUUGUCAAACCAGGCAAUGUGAGGACUUUUAAGAUAUUUUAAGAUGCGUUUUUUUUAAGUGUAAAAGGAGUCCAAAGGAGGUGUCUUUUAGAUGGACCGUCAAUGCCAAGAAAAUCGAAAUUCUCUCUGAACUAUCAUGGCGACCUUUGUGUAACAGAACGGUACAUUUACUAAAAAUGACUUUUGCUUUGACUAUUGCUCUUUGUACAAAGUUGAUGUAGCUUCAAUGAAGUGUUGGCACAAACAGAUGUGAAAUGUUUUUUUGUGUUGCUCACAUUAAGCUUUCAAGGGUAUGCUCUCUGUUCUCAAAUUUGACUGAAAAAGUUAGAGUAAGAUGGAUUCAUUCUUUUUUAUGUUUGUUCUCAGUUUUUUUUUAAUGGUGUGUUCAGUAUGUAACUCUCUUCUCUGUGUUUUUCCAAGUUUUAAAGGUCCAAUUAGAAAUUCCCUCUCACACCAGAACGAGUGAGUCGCAUCAUUUGGCACCAUUUGAAAAAAAACAACACUUCUGUCAUUUGUGUUGACAAAGUUUUGGUCCACUUUCUUGUUUCUUUAUGUUUCGCUUCCAAGCAGCCUGAAGAGAAACAUGUUAAAAGCCGGGUGUAGGUGAAAGACAACAAAAAGUAUCAGAAACUAUGUAAAACAGAUCUUAAAGAAAAGGAAUAGAGAUCAUAGAGCAAUAAAUAUAGAUUCCAAGUGGAUCCAUCCACUGUUCCAUGGGAGGAUGGCACUAA